AGUGAUCAUAUUCACCUGUUGUGCAUCCAAACAGGAAAAGACAAAAUCAAUAAUCGGCUGUAGUUUCAUAGUACAUUAAUACAGCGAGUCUUUUUAAACCUUUUUAGCCAUCUGACGUUUAUGGACAAAUUAAAGAAAGUUCUUAGUGGCCAAGAUGAUAACGACGACCUCAACGUGUUGCAGGCAGCCAGCGACGCGACCACGCUGGGCUGGGGCACUCGGGUCAAGGGCUUCAUCGCCUCUUUUGUUUUGGGAGUGGUCUGUUCAUUGCUGGGAGCUUGUUUGCUUUGGGUUCCUAAUGUGGGGCUGACAUUAUUCGUGGUUUUCUACACCUUUGGUAACGUGGCUUCACUCCUUAGCACAAUGUUCUUGAUGGGCCCAUUGAAACAAGUGAAGAGGAUGUGUGACAAGACCAGAGCACUGGCAACAGCCAUCAUGAUAACUUGCCUUGUGUUGACACUCUGUGCUGCAUUUUGGUGGAAAAUCAAAGGCCUCGCCCUGCUCUUCUGUAUCCUGCAGUUCCUGGCUUUUACUUGGUAUGGCUUGUCAUAUAUUCCGUUUGCAAGGGAUGCAGUGAUUAAGCUGUUCUCCACGUGUUUGAAGUGAGGUGCAGUGCGCUGCCGAGCUUGGACCCUUUUUGCCCCCCUUUCUCUCUAUACCCGCUCUGGCUUCAGCUCUGCUACCCUCUGAGUGCCCGCUGGUAGUGCCCACUCGAGCACCCACUCCACUUCCUGGCACACACGGACACACCACAGGUGUGCUUUUCCUCUCUCCAAUGGCUGGACACUCUCCAGGAGUGUGCACAGAUGUACACGCGCGCACACACAGAGCAUACUUGCACGUAGGUGUCAGUGAAGCAAUGGUACGUGAUGGAGUGAUGGUGGCUGUGGCGCCUGAGCAGUCAGUGAACUUGACUCAAGACGUCAUGGGAUCAGUCAGGUGACGACUGCCACCGCUGUGCCCUUGAACAAAGUGGCCUUAUUAUUUUAUAUUUUAUAACGCUGAAAUAAACAGUGCAGCACCAGCUGUAGGAUUGCAACUUUUGACUGUCUAUCACACAUGCAAUUACCACAUGUUAUUCCUAAAUCCUGCUUUCUGUGCCUGCCUCUGCUUGAAGACUUCUUCAUUAGAUUGGCACCAAUGUUAAGUGCUUUGAAGCUUGGUUUUUCAGUUUAUGCCUUGUCCUGCAUCUAAAUGCUUUUGUAAAUAUAGUUUCUCAAUCAAGUGCCUUCCGUGUAAUAUAAUCCGUGGCUUUUGUGAAGAUAUAUUUUUUUCUGUGUUGGUUUUCCUCUGGUCUCAUUCCUUUUAAAAUUUAAGUAAUUCGUUCUUUAAGUAAACUCAAUGUUUCAAUCAUUGCCUGGUAGUAUGUAGUCAAAAGGUCAUUGUGUUUCUUUUGGUAUUGUUUUCUAGCUGCUAAACUUACUGGGCAAAGAAUAUGUUCGGCCUUUGGGAUGCUAAUAUUAUAAGAGUUCUUUCAGUUAGCAUUUGAUGUCUUGCUGUUUGUAACAUCACUUUCAGGGGAAAUUUGUUUUAAUACAUGGGCAGGCUGACCAUUCCAGGAAAAACAUUGGUCAGCAGUCAUAUAAAUGGCAAUUAUUUGUUGGUCUCUCAGAAAAAGCACAUGGCCUCUUCUUCAACGUGUUAAGCAUUUCUUUAUAAGUGUCAGAGGUGUCAAACCGAACAAUUAGGAUACUAAAUAAAUAAUAAUAAAAAAACCU